AGACACCAAACACCCCUUACAAAGAACAUUCGUAGGCCGUUUGGCUCACCCUCGCUUGACCCGGAAUCUUUCUACAUCAGAUAACACAGGCAUCCGCCAGUGCCUUGUCAGCCUCAAUGUCUUUAUCUGCAGCUCAGCCUAAUGGAACUUCGCCAAGUGAUUGGCAGGAUCGCUACUGGCAUGUAGACCAGGUACUUGAGAAGCCAGGGCCCCGCACAGACCCUUCCUUUUUGGCGGGACGAGAGGUUCAAGAGUUUUUACGUGACAAGUGCAAAAUCUUGGUCAUCGGUGCUGGCGGUCUGGGAUGUGAGAUUCUUGCCAAUCUAGCUCUGACUGGGUUCAAGGAUAUCCACGUUAUCGACAUGGAUACUAUUGAUGUCAGCAACCUUAAUCGCCAAUUUCUGUUCAGACCAGCAGACGUCGGAAAGCCGAAAGCUAUCGUGGCUGCGGAGUUCAUCAUGAACCGAGUGCCAGGCGUAAUAGUAACACCAUAUUAUGGGAAAAUCCAAGACAAGGAUCACGAAUACUACAUGCAGUUCAACCUAGUCAUAUGUGGUCUUGACUCUGUGGAGGCGCGCAGAUGGAUCAACGCUACGCUCGUGAGUAUGGUAGACUCUGACAACCCGGAAAGCCUCAAACCUCUAAUAGACGGAGGCACUGAAGGGUUUAAGGGACAAGCUCGGGUUAUUCUUCCAACAAUUACGUCGUGCUAUGAAUGCUCGCUAGAUAUGCUGAACAAGCCUACGACUUUCCCAAUUUGCACCAUAGCCAACACACCUCGUCUUCCCGAGCAUUGCAUAGAGUGGGCCUCUGUCUUAGAAUGGCCCAAGGUUCAUGGAGACCAAAAGCUAGAUACUGACGAUCCCGAACACAUCAGCUGGCUUUACGGCGUAGCCUUCAAGCGGGCAAAGGAGUUCAACAUUGAGGGAGUAACAUGGUCUCUCACUCAGGGAGUUGUCAAAAAUGUCAUACCUGCCAUAGCAUCAACGAACGCUGUUAUUGCUGCGGCUUGUUGUAACGAGGCUUUCAAGAUUGCAACGAGCUCAGCAGCCUACCUAAAUAACUACUUUAUGCUCAUCGGCACUGACGGCGUCUAUUCUUAUACCUUCGAACAUGAGAAGAGAGAACACUGCCCGGUUUGCGGGGGCGAAGCUCUAGAGAUAUCAAUUAACCACGAUUGGACAGUCGAGCAGCUGAUGGAAAUGCUCACUGAGAAACAGGAUAUUCAAAUCAAGAAGCCUUCGCUGUCCACUCCUCUCAAACCAAUCUAUUUCCAGCAGCCGCCGCAGCUGGAAAAGAACACCCGACCCAAUCUUGAGAAGAAAGUGUCGGAUCUCGUUGCAGCGGGAGGGGAGGUGACAGUGACAAGCACGACACUACCAUUCAGCCUGUCUUUGAUCAUUAAUUACACUUGAUCUGCACAUAGCUAGAGUCUUUGAUCCAGUUGAUUGAAUAUACAUGGCCAGAGUUUUGAG